CUGACAAACAGCAGCAGCAGCAGCAGCAGCAGCAGCAGCAGUCGAGCGUACCUUUGUCCAGUUCACUGCUCAUGCAAAUCUCUGAAGGGACCCUACAGGUGCCGCUAACCCAGAGACUGCCAAUGGAGAUGAAUGGACCCAGCCGUUCACAACUGAAACAAGGUCUUUAGGGCUGUAACCGAUACGAGCAACAAAGACAGAACAAGAAGAAACGAUGAGACGAGAAAACAUGCUUUUCUUAAUAUCAUUAUUAAUGAUUUCGGAUGCAAUACAGCCCAAUAAACAUAGAGUCACGUUUCAGAAUUAUACAAUGGAUGUCAAUGAGAGCUCCUGUGUGAUAAUACCUUGUGAGUUUAUUCAAAAACCUGUUCAAAAAACAAUUUGGUUAAAAAAUCCAGAGUAUGAUAGCGCCAUUGGCGAAUUUGUAAGGACGAUAGUUUACGAUAGUGAAACAAGCCUCAUUGACCCAGCGUUCAGAAAUCGAACUGAGUACCUCGGCAACAAAGACGGCAACUGUACCUUAAAGAUCAACGAUCUGCAGCUGAAUGACACGGGCAACUACAAAUUUAGAUUUAAAACAGAAAGAGAAUGGUGGAUAAGUCAAUCCAAUGUCAGCAUCACUGUUCAUGGAAAUCCAUGCAAGGUCAUCAUUACUGGGCCUCCAUCAGUGACCGAGGAGGGAGUCCGUUAGCGUAACCUGUGCCACUAAAGGGCAGUGCCAGUAUUCUCCCG